AUGGUGUUGACCAUCACUGGUAUCCCAGAACGCCUUCGGCAAGAUCUGGAUCGCUCAGCAGCUCUGGAAAGAGAUGAUCGACUUCCGGCACGUGCUCACCGCGCCAAUAUUUGCCUCGUCUUUGCCAAGGCGCACGAGGGCUUGGAGCAGUGGGAGUUUGCGCUCCAGUACUGGGACCGGUGUCGUGGGCUGUACCCCGAGGGCUGGAACCACGACAUGGAAGGUCGCUCGCAGGCCUGUCGGGUGUUCUCUGGCAAGUCGAAAGAGAUUUUUGAGAACAUUUGCGUCUGUGGAUAG